AUAAUAUUCAAAAUGAGUCGUCAGCAAUUUUUAGAAUGAUCGCUUCCGGUGUAAAGUAAUUGUCCGUAAAAAAUAUCAUAAUCCAGUAUUUCAGAGUGCAAACCGGAAAUCAUGACUACCACAAAAUGCUUGGACAUGCCAAUGGAUUAGCAUCAUCAACUAAAAUGACAAGAAUAUACAUGUACCUACCUGUUUAGAUGAUCUUUGCAGAGUUUUGUAGAGUGACUAAAGAAGUGGAUAGGGAAUUAGACAGCUUGUGUUGAAAGAAUGGAUAACAACAAUUCUGCACCUUCAGGGAUGUCACGAUCAGGGUUCAGUGUGGAUCCUAGGUUUAUUAACCUACGUCCAAUAGGCCAUGGUGGUAAUGCUGUUGUUUAUUCGGCCACUGACAGCGACUGUGACAAGGAAGUAGCCAUUAAGAAACUGAGUUUCUCAGAUCGAAGGGGAUGUAAAUACGCAUUGAGGGAGUUACGCUUGAUGCGAAGACUUCAACAUGAAAAUGUUGUGACAGUUUAUGAAGUCCUAGGAUCAAAUGGUUUCAGUCUCGAAAGAGGUGGACAUAUAAAUAUGAAUGAAACCAGCAGUGUGUACAUUGUUCAAGAAUUGCUUCAUACAGAUCUCUAUCAGCUUGUACAGCAAGAACAACUUACACAAGAACAUGUACGUCUCUUCACAUACCAGCUGCUGCGAGGGUUGAAGUACAUUCAUUCUGCCAAUGUAUUACACAGGGAUCUUAAGCCAAUGAAUUUACUGAUCAAUGUUGAAGACCUUGUCCUUAAAAUAGCAGAUUUUGGUCUUGCAAGGGUUCUGGAUGAUGAUUAUUCUCACAAGGGUUUUUUGACAGAUAAUGUAGGUACAUGUUGGUAUAGAUCACCUGAACUUAUCAUCUCUCCUAGAGACUACACUAAAGCUAUAGAUAUAUGGAGUGUAGGAUGUAUUCUAGCUGAAAUGUUGACUGGUAGACCACUCUUUCCAGGUGCCCAUGAGAUGGACCAGAUAGGUUUGAUCCUUGACACUGUAUGUCUGAGUGACAAUGAAUGGAACAAAGUAACCCAGAUAUUACCACAGAGUUUUAUUCGGAGACACAGCCGUGUACCAGAGAAACCAUUAGCUGACAAAUUUACUAGUGUAGAUAUAGAUGCAUUAGAUUUACUGGAGAAAUUGUUGGUGUUUGAACCUUCUUUGCGACUGUCAGCAGAGGAAGCUCUCGCUCAUCCAUACCUGCAACAGUUCAGCUGUAUAGAGGAUGAGCCUAUUGUACUGACACCAUUUCAUAUUGAACAUGAGGUAGAUGACCUUUCACCUAAGUCUGCAAGACGUAUAAUAACAAGUGAAAUGUCCAAAUCUAUUGAGUCAUGCGGCACUAGAAUACAAAUAUCUUCUAUUACUGCUGAUAUCCUUCAAGAGCCAGCAAUAACAGAUCCUGGCAGUCUGCCACAAUGUGGUGACAUUACAUUAUCAUUGUCAAAUGAAAAUAUUCAUUCUGAUCAUGACGUAAACGAGGCCGAUGCUGAAAGGGAUAAACCUGAGGAAGGCGGAAAAAAUGAUACAGAGAAAGAGAAUCAAAACUCUUUGUCUACUGGCCUGCUUAUAGAAGAUUUCAUCUCAAACAGCAUUGAUAAUAGAAAUACUGCUUUGUCCUCAGCCAGGGCAUUACCCAAUGGCAGCCCAAGGAAUAGAGAAUAUGUACAAAUUGAUGAACCUUUGCUUAAUACUGCUGGAAGAGGUAACAUAGAGUUCAUAUCAUCUCAUUUCAACCAGGCGUUACAGCUAGAAAAUCAGGUAAAAAAUCUCAGAGUAGUUGUAGAUAUACCAGAUGAAGAAAAUCUUAAAGAACAGAUCUCCCCAAAAGAGAAUAAAGACUCUGGUACUGAAAAGUCAAAAGAGGCUAAAGAAUUAGAAAAUGCAAUGCUGAUAAAUAGUGGCAAUUCAAAAAAUGUAAGAAGAGACAAGAAAAAGAAGAAAAAUAGAAGAAAUAAUCGAAGCAAUAGUAAUGAAGAAGGACAGGACUUUGAUACACUUUACAGACUUCCAACUGAGCAUUUAACAAGGCACAGAAAUAGCAUUUGUGGGAAGGACAGAGGAGUUAGAACUGUUGAGGAACAACUGCGUUUACAUGAAGAAUUAAAUGAGAAACGAAAAAUGGCAGAAAUGGACAAAGAACAUAAUGUUGGAGCAGUGGGAGGGUAUUUUGAGAUGGAAGAGAAUUUGAUUCAUGAACAUGGUAAUGUUAGCCCUGUCUCAGAGCAUUCCCGAGACAGCAGCCCUACUAAUGAGGAUGUAAAUGUUCAACGUAGAUUCGAAAGAUAAUUUGACUGAUUUGGAUUGUUUGGACACCUUGUUUUCUUUUCUUAUUUUUUGGUACUAAUAAUGUGAAUAUCACUAUAUAUGGUCAGAAUUUUGUUGUCAGAGUCUCAUAUAAUGAUGUGAAAAUAAAACCUACCAUUCGAUCAUGCCAAAAUAAGAGAGGAGAUUCGGAAAAUAUUAUUCUAACAUUAUUUUGUUAAAUAUUUAGAUCAGGGAUAUUUUUUUUUCUGCUAAUUUUAGAAAUUCUAUUUAGAUGUCAAUGAGUAAUGUAUGGCUAAAGUAAAAUGCGAUUUCAUUUUUGUUGAAUGUAGCUUGACCAUCCUAAUGGCCAUUGAGUCAGCCAAACUCUUUUGUUAAAGUUUAUUUGAAUGUAUAAUAUUAAUUUAUGAGUAAAAGUAAGUUUGCAAGAUGAAUAUCUACAACCAACUUUUCAGAACACAUUCAUUUGAAACUGGACACAUGUCUUAGGGAUCUUAAUUGUGGUUCACUGUCCAAAACCAAGUAUUCUAACAAGGAUUUUACUGAAUUAUAGUUGUAUAUUAACUUAGGCUAUUCCAUACGUGAAUAUUGCCAUAUAAGACUGUAGCUGAAAGAAUCCUAUAUUAUUAAUUAUAAAUAUUUUUGACAGGUUAAAUGGCCCUAUAUAAACAGUUGUUUGGAAAUAUGACCUGAGCCGCUAGGUGAGGGUUAUAUUACAAACAACUGUUUAUAUAGGGCCAUAUAACCUGUCAGAAAUAUUUAUAACGAAUUUAUAAUUAUAAAUGAUUUAAUAAAGUAGCAUGUUUUUUUUUAGAAAAAAAGAGAGAUUUCUUUAUAAAUUGACAGCAGCAUUGUAUAUAAAAGUAUAUAAAUGUCAGGAUCAUACAAUGAAAAGCGAUGUUACAGUAUUAUAAAGAACCCAUUAGUGUAACUUGAUCUUUGCUUGAAUUAUAUCAGUUUGUUUUCUUGUAAGUCCAGGUUAAAAUUUGGCACACAAGAUAAUUGACAAUGUAGUUUGCUAUCUUCUCUUUUUAUGUCGAUUCAUAAUUAAUACUUUCAAUUUCUGUCUUUGAAUUGGAAUCAGAGCAAGUGAUAACAGUUUGUUCCUGAAUUAUCUCAUAGAACUUUUCAUUCCAAAGCUCAAGCUUAACCAAAUAUACAUUAUCUUGAACCAUUCCUGUAAUUAAACACUUAACCUUCGUAUUGACCAAAACGACAAUUGUAAACAAAAGCAAAAACAAGCCGUUGUUUUGUUAUCAUAUCUUGACAAUGUCGAGUUCAAUAUUGGAUUUGUCAUUUUUAUAUGCCCAUAACAAUUAUUCAGAUGUUUAGCACCAGGUUGUCCGCCUAUCCAUUAGCAAUUUUAUGUCCACUCUUGUAUCUUAUGAUGGAACAAAAAAACUAUGGGACAUUAAUGUUCAUAAUAAUGAGAUAAUGAGCAGAACACAUGUUUGGCUUUCCUAAAUCAAGAUCAAGGUCACACAUAGUUAUUCAAAGUACUUGUUGAUUUACCUUUAUAGGUUUAACACAAGUUAUUCUGUCUGAUCCCUCCAUAACUCAAAAAUCACUUAUAGAUAGGUUGAUGAUAAUUAUUAUGUAGAAAAAAAACCUAACAAAUUAUGCAGACGGAGAUUUUGCAAAUUUUUUCUCUUCCAUUUGUCCAUUAUUUUGAAGACCCUUCCAUAACAUUACACCAGUAUAGGACAGCUGCGCUGUCUUUGACAAGCUCUUGUUAAAGUAUAUAGAAUUCUCUGUAAUGACUAAAGGAAAGUAAGAAUGCUUAUAGUCAGUAUUACAAUCCAGUUUUGUCAGAAAAAAAUCUGAGGGUCCUGAGUCUAGCAGUUAUAGCUCCACAUGGUUCAAGUUCCUUGCUUUUUCUCUGUGUUUACUGUAUUUUGUUAUCAAUGUCAUGAUUAUUCUUUUAAGUCUUUGGUAUUGAUUUUAUUUUACCUUUAGAGUAACUUAUUUUACAUAGACUUACACAUAAAACUUGUUUAAAAAAUAUUUUAUUCUAUAAGGAUUAUUUUGCUUGUAGCAUCACCUUGCGAUCCUCAACAAAACUUACAUGAAUCGUGACCUCUAUAAAAGUUACAUGAGUCAUGACUGAGGACAGUGAUAUUUUGAACCAGGAGGUCACUUAGUGGAAAUACACUAGUAUUUCGAAAAACAUUUAAGCUUUCUUGUGGAAAACUACAAUGUCUAGAGAUUAGAUAUAAGUAUUUGGUGUGUAGUAUUGCUUAGUAAAACUUUGUAAAAGUUAUAUGAAUUAAACAUAAAGGGUAAAAGAUGCAACUUCCAAGAGGGUCACUAAGUGUCAUUAGGAUAAUUAAUAUAAGCUGUGUCACGACAAAACCAACAUAAUGGGUUCGCUUACCAACUCUAUUACAAGUAGAGAAACUGAUAGCGAACAGUAUGGAUCCUGAUCAGACUGCGCGGAUGCGCAGGCUGGUCUGGAUCCAUGCUGGUCGCAAACCCACUAUGUUGGUUUUGUCAUGACACGGCUCAUAUAAGUCAUGUUUGGGACAAGUUUAAUUAAUGGGUUUCUGUCUUGGGUAAAACAUUAGAAUCGAUUCUUAACAUUUUUACAUUUGGGCCUGUAUUCCCCCUAUCUUUGUGGUUUUGUGGUGCCCUUGUUGUUUGUGAAUAUAGUCUACAAAAUUAACCAAUCUCUAGUUGGUAUUUUAUUGAUUUAUUCUGACAAUAUGUGAAAAUUUAAUAAUCAUAUACAUGUAUCAUAACUUAAGGUAGACAGUCAUUUGAAUAACAAUUAUGUCUGAAUCCUUGUAUUGGUAAUGAUUUAUUUGCACCUGUGAUUUGAGAAAUUUACCAGGUAGAUGGAAACCACCAUGUGGGAGAUUCUAGCUAAUAAUGUAAAUGAUUUGUUGUAAUAACAUGUAGUUUGAAAUGUUUUAACAUGCUCUGAAUGAUGGCAUAUGUUUUUGAAGUCUUAUAUAGAUAGAUAGAAACUAUUUUAAAUAACUAUGUAUAAAUAAUGAAAACGAUUGCUGUUUACAAUAUAUUGCAGACUUUAAAAUAUGUGAAUAAAGUUGUGUGUUAUUUGAUGAAGAUGUUUUGAUUUCA